GUUUGACACACAUGUCUGACACUGUUUGUUUGUUUAGUUAGCUGCGAUGGCGGCAGAUUGAUGCAGACGUUUCUCCGGUUUGUGCAGUUACUGAUUCAUUUAUAAAUGGAAAAAAAGAGAUUCAAUAUCAAUUUGGACGACUCCGCGUUAACAAAGGAAAGAAUUCCGGUGACAUCUUUGUUUAAGGCCAAAGAUGGUCAAGUAGAGACCCCAUCUGCUCUGAGUGCUCCUCCAGCUCCUGGCCAACCACUGUCCUAUGCAGAGUUUGUUGUUCAGAGAAAAAACAGAGCACUUCAGGGAGCAGCCCAUGGACCAGAGAAACAAAGUAGGAACGAUGCUGCGGGGCAAAGCAGUGUGAACACAGCUGACAGUGAAUCAGUUAGCACGUCCUCCACAGGGUCUGGAAAACCUGAGACUCAGGAGCAGGGACCAGCUAAAGUACUAACAGAAGAUCAAACGAAAGAGGAAGGUCAUAGUUCGGAAAGUUGUAUCAUUCCUCCUCAUCUCUUAGGAUCUGGAAACAGUAUUAUUGUCAGUCCUCGACAGAGAGGCAACCCCAUCCUAAAGUUUGUGAGAAAUGUUCCUUGGGAGUUUGGAGAAGUUGUGCCAGACUAUGUUUUGGGACGGACAACCUGUGCUGUUUUUCUCAGUGUGCGUUACCAUAAUUUGAACCCAAACUACAUCCAUGAGCGUCUGAAGCAGCUGGGACAGAGUUUCACCCUCAGAGUGUUGCUCGUUCAGGUUGACGUGAAAGACCCUCAUCAUGCACUGAAAGAGCUUGCCCGAAUAUGCAUCAUGGCUGACUGUACCCUAAUUUUGGCCUGGAGUCCUGAAGAAGCGGGCCGUUACCUUGAGACAUAUAAAUCCUACGAGAAAAAACCUGCAGAUGUUCUGAAAGAACAAGUUGAGAAAAAUUACCUGUCACAGGUUACAGAUUGUUUAACCACAGUGAAGUCUGUCAAUAAGACAGAUGCCAUGACUCUCCUGUCUACCUUUUCUUCUUUGGAGGGCAUCAUUAAGGCCUCUAAGGAAGAACUGGUUUUGUGUCCUGGACUUGGUCCACAAAAGGCAAGAAGGCUUUACGAUGUACUGCACCAACCAUUCAUAAAAAGCAAGAAGAAGGAAAGCUGAUAAAGCCAAACUGCCUUUCUUGAAAUCACUAACUGUCUUACGGAGUAACGGAGUAACUAAAAUAAGUUCGGGGGACAUAUAUAAGGUCAACUGGAGGCUUCAGGGUCGCCGGCCUGCGAUGGUCAUAAACAGCCAUAAAUGCAGUUUUUUUUUUUUUAUGAAUUUGUAUAAAAAGUGCAACCUGCUUGUAUAAUUCUGUAAAUUCAGUCUGACUCAGUAUGAUGGGGCAAAGUUAACAUUUUAGUAAAAAAAAAAAAAAAUUCAUGUGUGUUCAAUUCAAUAAAUUUCAACACUGUUUUGCAGUAA